AUGGCGUACGCAUUCGAUGGCUACUUGGAAGCCACUUCCCGUCGGAACCGACCACAACCUCCAAGAGGACAAAGGCAGCGCCGGGGGGAGCAGGACGAGCCCGACGACGGGCCCGACGACGUGUACUUUGGGACCGGCCGCUUCUACGAGGAGAACCUUCGCAGCGAGCAGCAGCGGCAGCGGGAGCAGUGGGAACAGCAACAGCAACAGCAACAGCAGCAACAGCAGCAACAACAGCAGCAGAUCCCGCGGUACACGCCGUUCGGCCCUUUUGGUGAUGCGAGCGGACUGGGGUCCGGGGUCGGAAGGCUAAGGACCGAGGAGGAAUGGAGACGGCUGUUCGUGGAGGCCUUGAGGAGGUUGCGGGAUAGGGCCGGCCGCGGGCUUGGGCGACAGGAUGUUGCUGGGGCGGGCGAGGAGAUCGGCUUGGAGGACUUCCUUGACGAUCUAGUUGGUGGUGGGGACGAAGAUGGAGGCGGGGUGGGGCUCGGUGGCGGCGACGGGAUCAGGUUCGACGACCUCUUCAGCUCGCCCAAUGAUCACUCCGGAGGCGCCAGCUUUGGCAGCCAGGGAGAUGCCCAGAGAGGAGGAGGGGUCGGCCUGGCCCUGGUUGAGUUCAUCGAGCUGCUCGCGCACCGGCUCGGGGGCGGCAGCCUGUAUGGGUAUGCCGGGGGUCCCCCUCGGCCUGCUGAGAGGUUGUUUGACUACUGGCGCAGGGGCUGUGUACGCUCUGCAGUGGUCGGCGUGAUCGACUCGGUAGCCAUGACUGCAUUCUUCGGGUUGUACGACUUGCUGCAGGUGGAAAGAACCCGUAGGGCAGAACUGGGAGUCGACUGCCGAACGUGGAUGUCCCGUUACCUUGCCGUCGGCGUCAAGGAUGAACGAGUUCUUGAUGAAAUCCAAGUUGGCGGAGUUGGGCGGUCUGAUGUUGAAAUGCGCGGCGAUACUGUGAAAGAGAAGAAGAGAAAGGAGGCAGGGGAUUGA